AUGAAGAUCCUCGAGGCUCAGACGGCGGUCCUGACCAACUACGAGGUUUACCAGCACCUCACGGAGCGCAAGCUCGGCCAGGGCCAGAAGAAGCGAGGAGAGCGUCGUGGCCCUGGUAACCUCGAGACCCUAGCGAAAGAGCUCGUGCAGUACCUGCGUACACCACCCAACCCGCUCUGCCAGGACCCCAUCACCUACCACCCGAACUGCAUCACCCAGCUCCUGGAGAAGCUCAGGCCUUACGACCUCGCCAAGGGUGAGGUCGUCAUGAUCCUCAACCUCCGCCCUGCCUCUGUUGCUGCGCUGAAUACCGUCAUUGAGGAGAUGACGGAGCGCUUCGACGAUGCCCAGCAGGAGGAGAUAGUCAACAUCAUCGCCGAAGUCCUCGGCUCGUUCCCUCAAGAGGCGGAAGAGGAAGAGGCCGGCGAUGAUGAGGCGAACGGCGCUGCCUAG